CGCGGCAGGUUCGAGUUCUCAGUGUCGCUCGUUCAUUUAACCAAAACAAAGUGCGAGUACGGGAAUCGGUCGUAUAUAUAACCCUUAAUCGUUGUUGAUACCAUACCGAAUCGGAAAAAAGCAUCUUUGCGUAAUGAAAACAAAGCCAUAACGAUGACGGAGCAAACAAGGCUUGCUUAAAAAACUUUCGCAACGCCCGCUACUCGGUAAAGAAGAAGAGGCUCCAGCUGAGAGAUACUAUGACGUAGGGGAAUGGAAUACGUAUGCCCAGAUUCGCACCUACUACUACUACCAACAACUACUCGCUCUUAGGCUCAAGUUCACUGCCAAGCACCUAAGAGAGAGAAAGCAAGAGAGAGCGAGCGAAAGCUUGAGAUUGAGCUUGGGAGCUUUUGCAACGGCACCUAAAAAACGCGAGACGUAAAAUUAAAAAUGAGUAACGAAACCUCAUCCAGCGAGACAACACCGCUCCGGCGGCCGGAGACCCAAACACCCAAUAACGUGGCCCAAAGCAACCGACAAACGACGGCGAACGUUGUUAACAACACCCACAGUAAUAACAACAAUAAUUACGGUGAUUCGGUGGAAGUGCGUUUGCAAGAGGGAGAUAGCACGCAACAACAACAGACUACCACCAUGGAUACCAACAAACGUAUUCUUUGCCGCGUUGGCUUGGAUAUUUUAAUAUUGCUCUGCGCCGGUUUUCCCAUACUGCUGUUUUUCCUGCUUGGCGAACCCUACAAAAGGGGCUUCUUCUGCGAUGACGAGUCGCUGAAGCAUCCAUUCCACGAUUCCACGGUCCGCAAUUGGAUGCUAUACUUUAUUGGAGCGGUGAUACCAGUUGGCGUGAUACUCAUUGUGGAGGUGAUAAUUUCACAGAACAAGGCCAAACAGGAUAAUGGCAAUGCCACCAGUCGGAGAUAUGUCUUUAUGAACUACGAUGUGCCCGACUGGCUGAUCGAGUGCUACAAGAAGGUUGGCAUCUAUGCAUUUGGCGCAGUGCUCAGUCAGUUGACCACGGACAUAGCGAAAUAUUCCAUCGGCCGGCUGCGUCCCCAUUUCAUCGCGGUGUGCCAGCCGCAGAUGAACGACGGCACCACCUGCAACGAUGCCAGCAAUGUGGGGAAGUACAUCCAGGAUUUCACGUGCAAGGGAGUCGACUCGUCGGCGCGCAUGCUCAAAGAGAUGCGCCUCUCCUUCCCCAGCGGCCACUCCAGCUUCACCUUCUUCGCCAUGGUCUAUCUGGCGCUGUACCUGCAGGCACGCAUGACCUGGCGGGGCUCCAAGCUGCUGCGUCACCUUCUCCAGUUCGCGUUCAUCAUGGUGGCCUGGUACACGGCUCUAAGCCGCGUCUCGGACUACAAACACCAUUGGUCCGAUGUGCUCGCAGGAUCGCUCAUUGGCUCUAUAUGCGCUAUAGUUGUGGCCAACUAUGUCUCCGACUUAUUUCAAAAGCCCAACACCAAGCCUUAUUUGGCGCGUACAGUGCAAGACAUGAAUGUACAGCCCCCACAGGGAAUUACGAUUACAUCAAAUUAACCCGCUGAAGGAGUGCAUCAUAGUUAUUACAAAUUCCACGAAUUGUAGCCGAAGCUGGGAUCUUCAGUACUGCAUUCUUUGGGAUUCUAUUUAUCGGGACAGUGAAGCCAAGCUUUGCGUAACUCCUAUUUAGUUUAUUCCUGUACAUGCAUUUUAUAAGCUCUAUGUGAGUGAAUGAGAGUGUGUGUUUUAGUUGCAAGUGCACUUAAGUGUCUUUAUACAUUUUUAAGCUAGGGCAAUUGAAAGAUAUCUUGUACUAUACUAAACAAUUUUAAACUGACGCAACUAUUUCCACAAAACAAGUGACCUUCAAAACAGAGCUGCACAAAAAAUAAAUGGAAGCAAUAAGUAUUAUGUAAUUUAAGAGAUAAGUUUUGGAUACGAAAAGAUAUUUAAAUAAUUUCUAAGAUAAUCAUUAAAUAUACAUAAAUUAUAAUUUUAACCAAAACGUAUGUUACUUCUAAAGCUGAACAUUUUCAAUGCAAAGUAAAGUUAAAAUAAAUUAUGAAAAUUA